UGCAGAGAGAAGAAAAGGGUCCUGCAUCUGAUCUGAACACUUAUAAUUAUAUUAUUUUAUUCACUUUUAAAUUGCGAGAUUCCCUCAUAUGCACGCCAUUGGCGGAAAGCUUCCAUCUGUGUGGAACUUCGUGGUUGUCUUCUCUCAAUAGUACUUCUCUUCUCUGCAUUCAUUGCUCACCUGCGCCUCUCUAGGAGUUGCAUUCAUUGAUAGGUAAAGUAAUUUAACUAAUAUGAGCAGAUGUGAAGUUUGAACAUCUUUAAGAAGAUCCUCGUUGAUAACAAGAAACAUAGUUGUUAGACCAAGUAAAGUGAAGGAUCUAGCUAUCUGAUAUAAAAGUUACAAGCAUGGCUCACACUGCAGUUGCCAUGCCUACCUCUCCAGCAGCUAUCUCUGCAUCUACGGACAUUGCAAAAGAGCAUAAUGGUCUUCGUCGUUCCCAAUCCAGCACAGAACUAUGCACACGUUCCAUCAUGCGGAGGUCUUAUUCUGAUAACCACCUAUGUUGCUGCAUCAAUCGCACACAAGCCACAUCAGUGUCACCAAAACUUAAGAGCAAUCGGUCAUUGGGAAUUUCUCCAUUCCAAUUUUCAGGCUCCAUUCUUCCAAAUUCACUGCGGUCCUUGUUGUUUGACCCAGAAACAAGCAAGGAUAUGAGUGUGGGGGAUAAGGAGGUAAGUAUUGAGGAAAACAUGGUUGAAAGCAGCAAAGAAGAGAUUGUAAAUAGAGCCAACUGGGUAGAGAGACUUAUGGAAAUCAAGAAACAUUGGAGAAACAGAUUACCAAAAGAAAGCAUGGACCCAGAUGCGAUAUGCAACAGCAAUAAGUAUGAUGAAUGUGAAUGUGAUGCAGAUGACAGUGUUUGUGUGGUUGGUGAAGACGAAGAUGAGCAUGAAGUGACAUAUGAUCGUGAAUCAUUCUCAAAGUUUUUGGUUCAAGUACCAUGGUCUGAUACCAAACUAUACUCUCAACUUGCUUUCCUGUGCAAUAUGGCCUAUGUAAUACCCCAAAUCAAGGCUAAGGACUUGCGAAGAUACUACAACCUUCAAUUUAUAACAUCUUCUUUAGAAAAGAAAGCCGAAGUGGCCAAGUUAAAAGUUAAACUUGAUCAAGACUCCACUCGCGUUCCUAUAGAUGACCCGGUAGUCUCUCAAGAUGUCUCAGAGAAAGGCAAAGAUACUACACCGAAGCAUCAAAUGCAAGUAGCUUAUGAUAUUGCUGCCUCAGCGGCCUCUUAUGUUCAAUUACGAGCUAAGGGACUCAUGUACCAUGCUGCUAGGUCACAACAGGGUGAAAAUGAAGAUUCUAAUGAAAAAGGAGAAGAUCUAGAAGGCACUUCACGAGGUUACAAAUCAGAGGUUGCAGCUUAUGUUGCGGCAUCCACAAUGACUGCAAUGGUUGCAGCAGGGGAGAAGGAAAAGCAAGAAGCAGCAAAGGAUCUCCAGUCACUUCAUUCCUCACCUUGUGAAUGGUUUGUUUGUGAUGAUCCCAACAAUUACACUAGAUGCUUUGUAAUUCAGGGGUCAGACUCCCUGGCAUCUUGGCAAGCAAACCUCUUCUUUGAGCCAACCAAAUUCGAGGGCACAGACGUACUUGUUCACAGAGGAAUUUAUGAAGCUGCAAAAGGAAUAUACAAGCAAUUCAUGCCGGAAAUAAUGGACCAUUUGAAGAGACACGGGGAUCGCGCAAAGCUUCAAUUCACUGGGCACUCCCUUGGGGGUAGUCUUUCUCUUUUGGUUCAUUUGAUGCUAUUGACUAACAAGGUUGUUAGUCCCUCCACUCUUCGACCAGUUGUCACUUUUGGCUCACCAUUUGUGUUUUGUGGAGGCCAACAAAUAAUCAAUGAACUUGGUCUGGAUGAGAGCCACAUCCACAGUGUGAUGAUGCAUAGAGAUAUUGUUCCUAGAGCCUUCUCCUGCAAUUACCCAAAUCACGUUGCUGUAGUCCUUAAACGCUUAAACAGCUCAUUUAGGUCACAUCCUUGUCUGCUAAAAAAUAAGCUGUUAUACUCACCACUUGGUAAAAUAUUCAUUCUCCAACCCAAUGACAAGACAUCUCCUCCGCAUCCUUUACUCCCUCCAGGAAGUGCCUUCUAUGUCUUGGACAAUACUAAAUGUGGAUACUCUUCAAGUGUUCUAAAAGCCUUCCUGAAUCAACCACACCCUAUUCACACACUAAGUCAUCCAACAGCGUAUGGUUCAGCAGGCUCAAUUCUAAGAGACCAUGACUCCAGCAACUACCUUAAAGCUAUGAAUGGAGUCUUGAGGCAACAUUCAAAGACUCUUGUUCGCAGAGUGAGGAAGCAACGGAUUAAUCAGCUGUGGCCACUAUUGACAUCACCGUCACCACACUCUUGGAGCCAUGAACAGAACUUGGAGCCAUGCAGAUUGAUGACAAAGGAGAUGGUCUCACUCACAAGGGUUUAAAAACUCUUUUUCUUCAAGAUCAUGAUCAAACAUUUUAUUUUUAUAUUUCUAAAUAAGUAGGGUAGUAACUAGUAUCUAUCUGUUACUCCAUAUUUAAAAACCUUUGCCUUGUGCAUAUCAAUGUCCAUAAUUCUUACAGAAAAUAGAAGAAAAAAUAUUCUACUGA